AUGGUCAAGACGCUCCCCUUCGCAGGCAUUGAGGUUCCCGUUCCCGGCUUCGGGGCCAUGGGUAUCAGCUUCGUUAUGGGCACCAACUUGACCCCUGAAGAGGCGGAGCCUCUUCUCCUGAAAGCCAUCGAGCUUGGAUGCACUUUCUGGGACACUGCUGUUGCUUACUCCGCUGGAAUUAACGAAAAGCUUCUUGGUGACUUUAUCAGGAAGCAUAACGUUCGCGAUAAGGUUUUUCUUGCCUCUAAAUGUGGUUUCGAGAUCUUUAAUGGUGGCGGCGGUCGCAUCACUAACUCAGCGAAGCAUAUCAAUGAGUAUAUUGAGGGCACCAUUGAGAGGCUUGGAUUCACGCCUGAUCUGUACUACCUGCAUCGUAUCGACCCCAAUACCCCCCUGGAAGAGUCAAUUACCGCUCUUGACGGCCUACGCAAAUCUGGCAAGACUAAAUACAUCGGCCUCUCUGAACCCUCAGCCGCUACACUCCGAAAGGCAAACUCAAUCGCCAAGAUUGACGCUGUCCAGUCUGAGUACUCUGCAUUUGAGACAGUACACGAAACUAGCGGUGUCAUCGAUGCAUGCAGAGAGCUUGGAGUUGCUUUCGUAGCUUUCAGCCCUCUAGGUCACGGUGUGCUCGUUGACGACUUUCAGUAUAAGACCCCUGAUGAUUUUGCCCCUGAUGACUUCCGGCGCAGCUCCCCCAAGUUCCAAGGAGACAACUUCUACAAGAAUCUUGCGGUUGUCAACGAGUUCCGCAAGGUAGCCGUCAAGAAGGGAGCUACUAUGGCCCAGGUAGCCCUUGCUUGGGUUAUUGCCCAGGGCUUUAUUCCAAUCCCUGGUACGACCAAGGUUCACCGUCUAGAGGAUAAUUGGGCAUCGAGGAACAUUGAGCUUAGCGACGAAGAGAAGGCGGAGAUACGGAGCCUUAUCGACAACACCAAGCCCCAUGGCGCUCGAUUCGGCGUGCAGCAUGCAGCAGCUGCCGAGAACUAG